AUUCACCGACGGACUCUCUUCCGUUCCAGCAUAUUGCAGCAUGAAGAAGGAGCAAGUUGUCAACUGUCAAUUUUCGGUUUGGUAUCCGAUAUUCAAGCAACAUACGAUUAAAAGUCUGAUUCUCCCACUGCCUCAGAAUGUAAUAGACUAUUUACUGGACGAUGGCACACUGGUAGUCUCUGGGAGUGACUAUAACACACAGCAGACACACACUAACAACAGCGACUCGGACGAAGAGGAAGACGUUCAGUGGUCAGAUGAUGAGACAACCACCACUGUUACAGCUCCUGAGUUCCCAGAAUUCACUUCUAAGGUGCUGGAGGCCAUAAACGCUCUGGGCGGGCGGGUCUUUCCCAAACUCAACUGGAGCGCUCCACGGGAUGCUAACUGGAUCGCUCUGAACAGUUCCCUGCAGUGUGACAGCCUCAGUGAUAUAUUUCUGCUCUUCAAAAGUUCCGACUUCAUCACCCACGACCUCACCCAGCCAUUCUCUGUAUGUAGUGACCAGGACUCCCCAGAUCCAGCUGUAAAAUAUGAGCUGGUCCUGAGGAAGUGGAGCGAGUUGAUUCCUGGCGGAGAGUUUCGCUGCUUCGUCAAAGAAAACGAACUGAUCGCCAUCUCCCAGAGAGACUACACUCAGCAUUACCAUCACGUCCUGAAGCAGGAGGAGCAGAUCCUUCACGCCAUCCAGGAGUUCUUCAGCCAGCACAUCCAGUACAACUUCCUGGACGAAGACUUUGUGUUUGACGUCUACAGAGACAGCCAGGGGAGGGUGUGGCUGAUUGACGUGAACCCGUUCGGAGAGGUGACGGACUCGCUGCUGUUCAGCUGGGAGGAGCUGACAUCUGGUGGGGAAAUCGCCCAGCAGCAGGAAGGCCCUGCGUUUCGCUGCACCACCAGCGAGGUGACGGUGCAGCCCAGUCCCUGUCUGAGCUACAGGAUCCCACGGGACUUUGUGGACCUCUCCACCGGAGAGGACGCUUACAAACUCAUCGACUUCCUCAAACUGAAGAAAAGCCAACAGGAAGAUUCUGAGGAGGAGGAGGAAGAGCAGAACGCUCCACAGUGACACAGCUGCUAUCAUCACCAAUCCUCCACAUCAUGUUUCCUGCAUGCAGAGACUCUUUACCCUCUGUCCUGUUUUCUCUCACGCCCGCCUGUGAAGUUGUGCACCAUGUACCCGGGCUUUCUCCAAUAGCUCCCCCGUGUUAGUCUAAUGGAACAUGUUGAAUUAGCAGAUCGUGUAAACGACUCUUCAAGGAUUCAUUUUCUGUCUCGUCGUUCUCCGCCUCCAACGCCGCUGAGAGCAGGCUGGCCGAUGGUUAUGGCUCGGUGAGACAGGAACGGGAGGCCUCUGCGGUGUCGAUUAGUUGUUCAUUUCUGUGUUUGGAGGGGAAUGAUUAGUUUUGUUUAUGUUGGGGGAAAAAACAUGUAAGGGGAUAUAUUAAAAAACACUGUAUAGAAUGCCUGCUUUUAUAUUUUGAAAUAAGCGCGCAUAAUCAGUUAUGUUUCUUUAUUGCAGCCCAAAUAUUGUCCUUCGAAAAAAUGAACUAUUGUUUGUGAGGCUGUGACAGACUUCUUUAAUACUAAAGCCGUUCAUCACUGACUCACCUUUUUCAUCCCCCCCCACCCAUCCCUGCUCCUCCAUCUCUCCCCCUCCAAUAUCCCCCAGAGCAGUUUCGACACGCUCAUUGCUCCGAGCCGCUCCAGGCGCUCUUUUUCCAGCCCUGUUUUCCCAUCAUGCAUCACUGUAGACUGUUGCUGUAAAAAAAAAAAAAAAAAAAAAAACACCAUUAAACUUCUUGUCGUGUAUUGGUUCGGCUGUCAAGUCUGGUGGGUGCUGUAAACUAGAACAUUAGAAAUUGAUUGCACUUUUUUUUUUACGCCGGCAGCCAAAUGAGCUCUGCAUGCACAGUGCAGGGCAGUUCAUUUCUUUUUUUUUUUUUUUUUUUCUUAUCUGGAUUGAUGGAGCAAUUACAGUGAGAUGGAAAGAGCUGGUGUGAUGAAGAGUUACAGCUCCCCGGGUGGAAGGCUGUGGACGGGAAACAGUGCACGGAGCACAUAUUGUGGGGGAUUGUUGUACGUUAAUCACCGUUUUUAUUUUUUAUAUAUAAUUAAAUCGUGCUGUAAACAAACCAGCCAGACCUGGAGGAGGCGUCCUGGUGUGGCCUGCGGUGCUGGAGGCUGAGCUUCAGUAUCAGAACCAGUAAAUACAAAGCUUGGCCAAAGAGGAACUCCAUUCUGCAAUCAACCAUAGACAAAUGUAAAGCACAUUUGGUUUUCCUGAAAAGAUGUACAAUCAGUUACUAGUUUAUUCGGUUCACCACGCUGGAUUCAUGCAGUGUAAUACACAGAUAUGCAAUCAAUUUGACUUUGUGAAGGUUAUGUUCAAAUAUUGAUUUUGUUUU